GCCGCCGCCGCCGGUACCGCCGCUGCCGCUGUCGCCGCCUCCGCUACCACUAGUGGGAGAAGAUGGCGGAGGGAGGAGCGGCGGAUCUGGACACCCAGCAGUCCGACAUCGCUACGCUGCUCAAAACCUCGCUCCGGAAAGGGGACACCUGGUAUUUAGUGGAUAGUCGUUGGUUCAAACAGUGGAAAAAAUAUGUUGGGUUUGACAGUUGGGACAAAUACCAGAUGGGAGAUCAAAAUGUGUACCCUGGUCCCAUUGAUAAUUCUGGACUUCUUAAAGAUGGUGAUGCUCAGUCCCUUAAGGAACAUCUUAUUGAUGAAUUGGAUUAUAUCCUAUUGCCAACUGAAGGCUGGAAUAAACUUGUCAGCUGGUAUACUUUGAUGGAGGGUCAGGAACCAAUAGCACGCAAGGUGGUUGAACAGGGUAUGUUUGUAAAGCACUGCAAAGUAGAAGUAUAUCUAACAGAAUUAAAGCUGUGUGAAAAUGGAAAUAUGAACAAUGUUGUAACACGAAGAUUUAGCAAAGCUGACACAAUAGAUACAAUUGAAAAAGAAAUAAGAAAAAUCUUCAAUAUUCCAGAUGAAAAAGAGACCAGAUUAUGGAACAAAUACAUGAGUAAUACAUUUGAACCACUAAAUAAGCCAGACAGUACCAUUCAGGAUGCUGGUUUAUAUCAAGGACAGAUGCUAGUAAUAGAGCAGAAAAAUGAAGAUGGAACAUGGCCAAGGGGUCCUUCAACUCCUAAGUCCCCAGGUGCAUCCAAUUUUUCAACUUUACCAAAGAUCUCUCCUUCAUCUCUAUCAAAUAAUUAUAACAACAUCAACAACAGAAAUGUGAAAAAUUCAAACUAUUGUCUCCCAUCAUACACUGCUUAUAAGAACUAUGACUAUUCAGAGCCAGGAAGAAACAAUGAACAGCCUGGCCUGUGUGGCCUAAGUAACUUGGGAAAUACGUGUUUCAUGAAUUCAGCUAUUCAGUGUUUGAGCAACACCCCUCCACUUACUGAGUAUUUCCUCAACGAUAAAUAUCAAGAAGAAUUGAAUUUUGACAAUCCCUUAGGAAUGAGAGGUGAAAUAGCGAAAUCUUAUGCUGAACUCAUCAAGCAAAUGUGGUCCGGAAAAUAUAGCUAUGUCACCCCAAGAGCCUUUAAGACACAAGUAGGACGUUUUGCACCUCAAUUUUCUGGGUAUCAACAGCAAGACUGCCAAGAAUUACUAGCUUUCCUUUUAGAUGGUCUACAUGAAGAUUUGAAUAGAAUUAGGAAAAAACCUUAUAUUCAACUGAAGGAUGCUGAUGGGAGGCCUGACAAGGUGGUUGCUGAAGAAGCCUGGGAAAACCAUUUAAAGAGAAAUGACUCUAUCAUAGUAGAUAUAUUUCAUGGCCUUUUCAAAUCAACCUUAGUUUGUCCUGAGUGUGCUAAGAUUUCAGUAACAUUUGAUCCUUUUUGUUACUUGACACUUCCACUGCCUAUGAAAAAAGAGCGUACCUUGGAAGUUUAUUUAGUUAGAAUGGAUCCACUUACCAAACCUAUGCAGUACAAAGUAGUUGUUCCCAAAAUUGGAAAUAUAUUAGAUCUUUGCACAGCUCUAUCGGCUUUAUCAGGGGUACCAGCUGAUAAGAUGAUAGUUACUGAUAUAUACAAUCACAGAUUUCACAGAAUAUUCGCCAUGGAUGAAAACCUUAAUAGUAUUAUGGAACGGGAUGAUAUUUAUGUAUUUGAAAUUACAAUCAAUAGAACAGAAGAUACUGAGCAAGUCAUAAUUCCUGUUUGUUUAAGAGAAAAGUACAGACACACAGGUUAUAGCCAUCAUAGUGGUUCAUCGCUCUUUGGCCAACCUUUUCUUAUGGCAGUACCUAGAAAUAAUACUGAAGAAAAACUCUACAAUCUUCUAUUAUUGAGGAUGUGCCGUUAUGUAAAAACAUCUACUGAAACUGAAGAUAUGGAAGGAUCCCUACACUGCUGUAAGGACCAAAAUAUUAAUGGGAAUGGCCCAAAUGGAAUCCAUGAAGAAUGUUCCCCAAGUGAAAUGGAAACAGAUGAGCCAGAUGAUGAAUCCAGCCAGGAUCAAGAACUCCCUUCAGAGAAUGAAAAUAGUCAAUCUGAAGAUUCAGUUGGAGGAGAUAAUGAUUCUGAAAAUGGAUUAUGUACUGAAGAAACUUGCAAAAGUCAACUUCUCAUGGGACACAAAAAGCGAUUAUUUACAUUCCAGUUCAACAACUUAGGCAAUACUGAUAUCAACUACAUCAAAGAUGAUACUAGACAUAUUAGAUUUGAUGACAGACAGCUUAGACUAGAUGAAAGAUCUUUCCUUGCUUUGGAUUGGGAUCCUGAAUUGAAAAAAAGAUAUUUUGAUGAUAAUGCUGCUGAGGAUUUUGAAAAACAUGAAAGUGUGGAAUAUAAACCUCCCAAAAAACCUUUUGUGAAAUUAAAAGAUUGCAUUGAACUUUUUACAACAAAAGAAAAGCUAGGUGCUGAAGAUCCUUGGUACUGUCCAAAUUGUAAAGAACAUCAGCAGGCUACAAAAAAAUUAGAUUUAUGGUCACUGCCUCCAGUACUGGUGGUACAUCUUAAGCGUUUUUCUUACAGCAGAUACAUGAGGGAUAAGUUGGACACAUUAGUUGAUUUUCCUAUUAAUGACUUGGAUAUGUCAGAAUUCCUUAUUAAUCCAAAUGCAGGGCCUUGCCGCUACAAUUUGAUUGCUGUGUCCAACCACUAUGGAGGAAUGGGAGGAGGGCACUAUACUGCUUUCGCAAAAAAUAAAGAUGAUGGAAAAUGGUACUAUUUUGAUGACAGUAGUGUCUCAACUGCUUCUGAAGACCAAAUUGUGUCCAAAGCAGCAUAUGUGCUCUUCUACCAGAGACAGGACACUUUCAGUGGAACUGGCUUUUUUCCCCUUGACCGAGAAACUAAACAAGGUGCUUCAGCUGCCACAGGCAUCCCAUUAGAAAGUGAUGAAGAUAGUAAUGAGAAUGACAAUGAUAUAGAAAAUGAAAACUGUAUGCACACUAACUAAUGAAAGUCCUAGAAGCCAUAAAAGAGACUUUCCUGCAGGUGGUUUCUGUUGAAAUAAUGAAGUUACCCACCACAUUAAAACAGAAGUCUGAGAUGGGGAGUUUCAAAUAAGAGAAUGUAAAUCCUUUAUCAGAUUUUAACUUGUGCAGUACUUGAAGUGAAACACAAUGAAAACUUUAACAGAAAUUGUCUCUUAAUACAUUUACAGUCUUGUAUUUACAAGCUAAAUAUAUAUAGGAAAUCACAAAUAAACCCCUUUUAAGUUUGCUGCUGUUUUGAUGAAUUAUGUUUCUUUAAUUGUUUUGGAUGUGAGUUAACUGAUGACAAAUGUUAAAUUUGUGGAUGUUGGUCAUUUAAUUUACUCUAAUAAUAACUGCGAGAAAACAAUGACUAAACCUAGUUUUUAAAUGAACUUAUUCAUGUAUAUUAGGCAACAUUCAUACUACUGUGUUAUUUAGCUGCACUAGUAAAUGCAGCAUAAAUGCUGCAGUAGUAUUCUUGGCAAACCAAAUUUUCAAGUCUUUCCCUAAUGAUCAAGCUGGCCUAUUAAGACAAACUGAAUCAUGAUGGAAGAAAUAAGCUCAGAAAGGUUAUUUCUCUUUGUGGUAUCAUUAAACAUGAAGAAUAUUACUAUGUUCAUCUGGUUUCUGCUGUGGAGCAGGCUCUAGAUUUCUCACUGCAUAUGAAGCCAUUUUUAAGUUAAAUCUUCCUUAUUACUGUUGAAUCUAUUACUUAGACAUUAAAAUUCUUAACUUGCUUAUAAGAAUUGCAUAACUUUAAUCUGGUGUCAGUCCAAAGUUUAAAUUUGUGCUGCUCAUUUUCCCUACCCCAUUUUUUCAUAGUUUGGCAACUUUCAGCUCUCCCAAUUACUAUAAAAUAAGGUCAGACUUAAUAGUAUUCUAUAUCCAUAGUAAUAACUGUACAUCAAGCUUAGAUGAGAUUUUUUUUUCAUAUACUUGCCUUUAAAUCAUUAAUGGACAAUUGGCUUUAAAGGUAGGUCUGUUAAUUUUCUUUGUGUGUUCCUGAUGGAAUUCACCAUAGCCUUACAGCUUUUCUCAGAAGGUAACUUGAUAUAAGAGAAUUGGCAUUUGCAUGUUCCAGAGUCAGAACCUGUACAGCAUAUAAAGCAUACAAACCUUGAAUUUGAUUUAGUUAACCACAUUCAAGGAUUCAGGAUGCCAAAAAUAUGUGUGAACAUUUUAAUCAUUUUUUUAUUUGCUGCUUUCCCUUUGAUCUAGUUUGAAAGAAUGUAUUGUUGAUUGGCAUACAAUACUGCCUUUAAUAGGAAAUCUUUUAAGUGCUGGGACACACUUCACAUACCUACCUAUGACCUGAGGAAUUGCUUUGUGUCCCACUGUUAUUGAAGCAAAAAUUAUGAUGUUCUUCACUUGAACUAAUCAAAUACAAUAGGUUAUAAAUUGUGUAUUGUAAAUAAAAGUUCACUCUGUGAGUGCACAUUUUGGUAAAUUAUUUAUUUAUGUUAGCAUUAAAAGUUAAAAAGAGGAAAAAAGAUGCAUUUGACCAGGAUAAACGAGGUAUGUUGAACAUGGCUUUUGCUUUAUACCUUGAUAUUAAAGCUGGUGUUUCAUCCUGGUAUUUUAAAGCUGCUUUUUGAAUUUUUUUUUUUUGGUUUGUUUUUUUUUUUUCUAAUGUAAACUAACCUCCUGCAUGACAGAGGUUAAAAUUUUGUCUGCACUUGAGUUCACUUGAGUUUACAUUUGAAAUGUGCAUGUUUAUUUAUACAGAUUUCAAUAAAGCUAUUCAAGGCCUUA